AUCUGUAAAAAAUAACAUAUAGCUAGAUACGUACAGAGCAAGUGAUCGAGCAUGUCCGGAUGUCCAUCUCUUACCCUCUCCUGCGACAACCUCUCCUGCGACAACAUCUCCUGCCACAUUUGGUACUGCUGCGGCAGUGCCAAAGAUCCUGAUGAUGGCCUUCGUCAAGAUUAUUCAAGGCAGCCGCCGCCGGCACAACCUUAUCUGCCGACACAGCCGCAUGUCGUGACAGAGCCGGCGCCGGCGCCGCUGCCUGUGCAGCAGCAUCCGCAGCCGGCACCACCACAUUAUCCGCCGACGCAGCCGUAUGUCGUGCUGCGGCCGCCGCCUACUAUACAAGCGCCUUAUUAUGAGCCGCCGUCACAGUUGGUGCCUCCUCAGCAUGUGUCACCGGCGCUGGCGCCUCAGGCGGCGUCAACGGCAAAGACACCUCGUGCGCCGGUGCCACCCUGCAACAGGGCGCGUGAGCCGCCGGCGCCUGCGGCGACACCAAUUCCUGCCGCUGUGCCAUCCAAAAGAUGCGAGCCGCCUCAGCCGGCGCCUCGCCCGCUGGUGCCGCCCAACGAGAUGCGUGAGCAGCGGGUAAUGCCAUUGCCUGCCCGCCUGCCAUCCAGGAACUACGAGCCAUCAACGCCGCAAGCGCCACCGCCUGUUAAUGUCACGUCGCAACCGCCUGCACGGACAACAUGGCCUCCCCGUGUGAAGUCCAAGACGUACGAGUACGACGACGCCGGCGAGCCACCGGCCGUGUCGUUGCCGCCUCCGUCGACACCAAUAGCUCCUCGUGCUCGUGGGUUACGAUACCCACCGGCGCCACACCCUCGUCUCGGCGAUACGGAGCCCCGCAUCGAAUCUUAUUCGCAAGCAGCAAGCCUCCAUCAAGAAUACUAUUAGGUUCCGUAACAUGUAUGCGCGAGGGUGUGUGUGUACCAUAGCUGUUAUUCGCACAGUGCGAGGACAUCGUCAAUGGUCGUUAAUUUGCCUCACCACUGUAUUGAUUGAUUACUAGCAAAUAUACCAUGCCUUGUAACGCGAGAAAGAAUAUUCUGACAUGACGACACCUUUCUAGUAAAA